ACGGGGUCGGGGCUGUGUUGGCUCACCGUUUGGCCGACGGCAGGGAGGUCCCGGUCGCUUAUUACUCUCGAACCCUUUCUGCGGCGGAGCGGAACUACGCCCAGAUCGACCGGGAGGGUCUCGCAAUUGUGGCCGGGGUCAAGAAGUUCCACGACUACAUAUACGGCAGGCCGUUCACCAUUGUCACAGACCAUCGCCCGCUCCUCGGCCUCUUCGCGCCCGACCGCCGGACGCCGCAGGUUCUCUCGCCGCGAGUCCUAAGGUGGACUAUUUUCCUCGCUGGCUACAAUUAUCUGCUCCUGCACCGCCCCGGGAAAGCCAUGGGCCACGCGGACGCUCUUAGCCGCCUCCCACUACCUGAGGUGGUUGAGGACCCGGCCCCAGCCUUCCGGGUCCUUCAGCUGGAGGGCCUGCCGGAGGCCCCGUUGCAAGCGCGGGACAUUGCCCGCCGCUCGGCUCGGGACCCCGUGGUAUCCCGGGUUCUGGGCUGGGUGGUGAGGGGGUGGCCUGAGAAGACAGACCCUGAGUUCGCGGCGUAUGCUACCCGGCGGGACGAACUUUCUGCACACAAGGGAUGCCUGCUAUGGGGAGACAGGGUCGUGGUCCCACACGCAUUACGCCAGAGGGUCCUCCAGGCACUGCAUGAAGCUCACCCGGGCAUCGUCCGGAUGAAAGGGCUGGCAAGAAGCUACGUCUGGUGGCCCGGCAUCGACGCAGAGGUGGAAGCAUGGGUCAAGCGUUGUCAGCCCUGCCAGGCGGUGAGACCCAGCCCACCGGGGGCACCAGCGCAGGCGUGGGAAUCCACCCGUACCCCGUGGUCCCGGCUCCAUAUAGACUUCGCAGGGCCAUUCCCGGGCCGGCUAUUCCUGGUCACGGUGGAUUCCUACUCAAAGUGGCUGGAAAUAAGCCCCGUGGCUGCAACGUCCGCAAAAGCCACCAUCCGCGCCCUACGAGGACUCUUUGCCACACACGGGCUGCCGGACACCAUCGUGUCGGACAACGGGACGGCUUUUACGUCCGAGGAAUUCCAGCAGUUCCUCAGCAGCAACUUGAUCCGACAUGUCCGGUCAGCGCCGUUCCACCCCGCAACCAACGGCCAAGCGGAGCGAAUGGUCCGGACCGCAAAGGAGGCCUUGAGCCGGAUGGUGGAAGGGGAAUGGGAAUGCCGCAUCGCCAGAUUCCUCCUGACCCAGCACACGACUCCCAACCCUGUCAGCGGAAGGUGCCCAGCAGAACUACUGAUGGGUCGAAAGCCAACGAUCCUUUUGGACCGCCUGCACCCCGACCGGGCCCCCGACCAAAGAAACGCAGUCGAGCAGAGGGAAGCACCAAGGGGGUUCUUCCCAGAGGACCCGGUUCUCGCCAGAAACUUCGGCCGCGGUCCGGAGUGGAUUGCGGGCCGCAUACUCCGGCCCCUGGGUACCGUGAUGUACGAGGUAUCCAUGGAGUGCGGGCAGAUAUGGAGAAGGCACAUCGACCAGCUCAGACAGCGAGUGCUACCGGAGUCCCAGACAGAGGAAGAGACGAGACAGCAGACGGAACCUAGAGAGACCACACCCGAGGCGACUGCACAGGACUUGCCAGCCGAGGAGCACCCGGCACAGGGCCCCACGGCCCCAGCUUCGGUCGAGGAAAACCCCGUUCCGGAGGCAGCGGAAGCAGGAGCACCAGCUCCCUCGUCAGAACCCGGCCCUGAGGUCGGAAUUCCGGAAGCACGAGGGGCCACCCCUCGACGGUCAGCUAGAAGUGUCAUUGGAGAAUGUGCUCCAAGCUCAUCAAAGGCUGCUGCAAAAUUCGCUGAAUAUCAAUCUGAGAGCACAUGUGUCAUAGUUGAAGAGGAACCUACAAGUAACAGGGACAAACUGCUACACCAAAUCCUUAAAGAUAAAGAACCAAAUUGUGAGCAAGAAGAUGCUUUAUCAAGACAGAACCAGGUGUUCUUCAAAAAAACUUUUAUAGCAAGAAAGGAAGUUAAACUGUCUAGAGAAGUAGGACCUUCAAAAGUGAAGAGAUUGUCAUGUAUAGAAACAUUUAAACUGGUGAAAACAAAGUUUUUCCAGGACGAAAAAUGGGUAAAAAUCAGACAAUCAAGCGUUGUACCAAGCCAAAUAUUCCCCAAUGUAAAGCAAACUCAUGAAGUCUAUAAAGGGAAAAGACACAGAGACAAGAAUCUAUCUAAGAUGACUACUGCUCCAUCCCAGAAUGGAAAAAAGAAAAUAUGCAACCAAACAUGA